AUGCUCGUACCACACGUUUCCUCAGUACCACUCGCGAUAGGCUUGGCUUUCCUGAUCUUCUUCUCGACACUAUUCUCUUCGAUCGUCCUGUAUCGCGUUUCUCCAUUACAUCCCCUCGCUGGGUACCCUGGCCCAUUACUCUGGAGAAUCACGAAGUUCGCUCCUGCUUGGUAUGGCCACAAAGGGAAGCACCACAUACAGCUGAAGAAACUCCAUGAACGCUAUGGACCCAUCGUACGAAUUGGACCGAAUGAAUUGUCCAUCGUGGACAAGGAUUUGAUCCCCUUUAUCUUGGGCGCUCAAGGGAUGCCCAAGGGGCCGCUGUGGGAAGGGCGGCGCAUUCUCCCCUCGAAGAACUACAAUGUCAACAAUAGUCUUGUAGCCGUGAGGGAUCUCGAGCGUCACGCACAGCUCAGGAAACCAUGGAACAAGGCGUUCGGAACGGGGCCACUGAAGGACUACGAAGAGAUGCUCGUCGUGAGAGCAGGGCUCUUGAUGGAUCGCCUUGAAGGCCACUGCAAGGCUGCGAGGGACAAAAUCGGCCGAGUUGAUUUAGCUAAAUGGGUUAGCUUCUUUGCUUUCGACUUUAUGGGUGAUAUUGCCUUUGCAAGCGACUUCUCUCUUUUGCAGGAUGGAGAUGUAAACGGCUUUAUCAAGAAUAUGGAAGACGCCCACUAUCUGCCCACUAUCGUCCAACACAUCCCCUGGAUGGCCAAGGUUACGCGUGUUACGCCAUGGGUCGGAAGCAAGCUGCAGAAGUUUGGAGCCUUUGCUCUGGCUCAAGCAAGGAAGCGAGCCGCUACGACCAUGAUGCACAAAGACUUGUUUUACCACCUGAUUCAGGCAACCGAUCCCGAUCUAGCCGCUUCUCCACUCCCCUUGAUUAUGGCAAAUGCAAUUUUGACAAUCAUUGCGGGGUCUGACACGUCUGCGUCGGCCGUGACCAGCAUAAUCUACUUCCUCUUACGCAACCCAGAGUGUCAUAAGAAGCUGCAAAAGGAGAUCGACGACACAUUUGGCUUUGAUGAGGGUGACCCAGCCAUUACUCCGGACAAGCUCGCACAAUUGCCCUACUUGAACGCUGUUAUCAAUGAGGCCAUGCGAGUCUUUCCUCCCGUCGCGUCGUCAGUACAGCGGGCACCGAAGAUUGGAAGUGGAGGCAAGAUGGUUGGUUCAAUGUUCAUUCCAGAGGGAACGUCGGUGACGGUUCCACCUUACGUCUACCAUCGGGAUCCUCGAUACUUCUCUCCCAACCCCGACACGUUCUGGCCAGAGCGCUGGCUCGUCGAAGGAGAUGGCAAAAUCGUCCACGAGCGUGGUGCCUUCAUUCCCUUCUCCGCUGGCCCAGCAAACUGUGCCGGAAAGCCUCUCGCGUUGAUGGAAAUCCGCUACGUGACAAGCUUGCUGAUUCGCACAUUCGAUAUGAGCCUGGACGAGAAUUUUGACCCCGUGGCUUGGGAGAACUCGCUGACGGACCGGUUGGUUCUGUGCAAGGGCCCUCUUCCUGUGAACCUGACGAGGCGAUCCACUUCAUCUUGA